AGAUACCUAGGUAUAAUUAUCAGGAGUUGGGGCUGGGAACCUACCAAGAAUGAACCUCAUAUUGGACACAGUACCUGAGAUGGACGAGGUCAGAUCGCUUGGCGGUAAAGCUUUGGUGCGUCAUAUUCCUCGAGUAGCUCCAUGGUGCCGUCAGUGUCCGUCUCUACUAGUACCAGCCCAACUGCGUUCAAUGCUUCUCUCACGACAUUGCACUGCACUCAUACGAUACCCGACAUUGGCUGGCAAACUUAAGCUAUCGUUCACUGCAUUGACCAUGUCGCCAAAGACUCAAGAGCCGCAAAUUGUCUCGGUCACGGACCUUAGCUCUGCCGAAGCCAAAUGGGUUGCUUUAAAGAAGGUCGACUUCAUGGACCAGACAGGCACCUCUCGCUCCUGGGAAAUUGCUGUUCGCAAGACAACCUCCAAGUCCGGUGUCGAUGCCGUGGCUAUGGGAAACAUCUUCGUCCACCCCUCCAAACCGCCGAGCACCAUGCUCGUUAUUCAAUAUCGUCCUCCGAUUGGGAAGUAUACCAUUGAAUGGCCUGCUGGGUUGGUCGACGAACACGAGACACCCGAGGAGGCUGCAGUCAGAGAAAUGAAGGAAGAGACAGGAUACGAGGGUAAAAUACUUCACACUGGACCAGUGUUGGCCAGUGAUCCUGGCCUGACCAAUGCGACGCUACAGCUCGUGAUGAUGGAGGUGAAGCUCAGCGAGAAGGAGGACAUAAUGCCAGAUCAGAAACUCGACGAGGGAGAGCUGAUUGAAAGAGUCAUGGUACCGUUAACUGAGCUAUAUGAUCGACUGCUGAGUUGGAGCGCUCAGGACAAGUACAUGGUGGCGGGCAAGUUGUUUUACUUCGCGGCCGGCCUGCAUUUUGCGAAGCACGGAGGCUACGUCUGAGAUCGCCCAACAAUCCUUGCAUUAGAAGCACGUCCAUCGAAUCGGUAAGGCGAUGCAACGCACUACUUGACCUGCAAAAGAUGAUACAGCCCUGGCAAAUUUGGACAACUAUCUCAUCUGAAGUCCUUGCGCCAUGGACUGUAGAGAGAUAGACACCUCGUGCUGACACUAAGGCCUAUCCACUAUCAAUCAAUGUACGAAUUUAGCAAGGAAGUCAUGGAGCCGUUGAGGGCAGAUCAUCGGACGCUGGGGGUGUUAACGACAAGGAUGACUGUUGACCUAAGUUGUGUUGCCGAACCUACUCCUCAUUGUCAUCGACAUGCUUGCUAUGGCUUUCAAUGAAGCGGACUACAUGCUAGACUCUAUCCAAGCCAUCAGCCUGGCAGCACUUGGCACAACAGCUACUCAUACGACUUGGCUGAUGAAGAAGGGUACGACGGGCCGCCAGAUUCGCCUUCCGGUCGGCAAGUACAUUCUCGAGGUCUGCACCGCAGUCGAAAAGUCUACGCAUAAUCCGCAAGCGAGCGCACAUCAGCUGUCCGUCGGGGGUAGGAUGUGUGGAUAUGGUACCAUGGACAUGAUGGCGGAGAGAGCCCGCUAACAUGCCUGAUAGAAGAGCUGCUGGGAUACAUCUACGACCUGCUUGAACUACCUGGUAGACGUUUGGCAGAGGUAGCCCAGACAGUGUCUGUCGACAAAGAUACCUCUCGCCGUGACCAUUCCCACACUUCCCAAUUGGUGGGACUUAGUGCCUGUCAUCGAGCUGUCAGACUGUUUCAGGAUCUCCUGGACCAUAUAGUCGUGGCACCGUCUGCGCAGGCGACAAGACGCCUAACUUUUUCCAAGCUAGAUAAGUUAAAGUUCGUAAAACUUUGCCCGAAAAGCAGC